CUACUCAGAUAUAGAGAGCCAAAAACGUAGAUUCGUAUAUAAACAAAUCGAUGCCAAUAAUGGCGGAUUCAAGCGAUUCUGUCGCCAUUGACAUGGACACAAGCUCUCCUGGUGGAAAGGAGCACAUUGUCGAAACUGCCACUGGAUUUAUUUCUGUUGCCAUCUUGGGGGACCCUGAUAAGCCAGCUCUGAUUACAUAUCCUGAUUUAGCUUUAAAUUAUAUGUCCUGUUUCCAAGGACUGUUCCUAUGCCCAGAAGCAUUUUCUUUACUGCUUCAUAAUUUCUGCAUUUACCACAUCAGUCCUCCUGGCCAUGGCCAUGAGUUGGGAGCUGCUUCUGCCAUGUCAUAUGAUGAUGAUGAUCUGGCAUUAUCUGCUGAUGAUUUGGCAGACCAGGUGGCUGAGGUUCUUGAUUACUUUGGACUUGGUGCAGUUAUGUGCUUGGGGGUAACAGCUGGUGCUUAUGUACUCACCCUGUUUGCUAUAAAGUAUACACCUCGUGUAGCUGGUCUUAUACUUAUUUCUCCUCUAUGCAAAGCACCUUCUUGGUCAGAAUGGUUGUCUAACAAGGUUAUGUCGAACGUACUAUACUAUUAUGGAAUGUGUGGUCUAGUAAAAGAAUUAUUGUUGACACGUUAUUUCAGCAAGGAAGUUCGUGAAUCAGACAUGGUUGAUUCGUGUAGAAGAUCGCUCGAUGAGAUGCAGAGUCUUGACGUUUUGCGAAUUCUCGAAGCUCUUAACGGGCGAGCGGAUAUUACGGAGGGGCUGAAACGGCUGCAGUGUCGAUGCCUGAUCUUGGUCGGAGAGAAUUCGGCGUUCCAUUCGGAGUCUGUUCAUAUGGCUUCGAAGCUAGAUAGACGAUUCAGUGCUCUGGUGGAGAUCGGAAGAUGUGGGUCGGUGGUGACGGAGGAGCAACCGGAGGCGAUGUUGAUGGCGUUGGAAUAUUUUUUGAUGGGGUAUGGAUUUUACAGACCCAUGGCAACGGAGUUGAAUAUAAGUCCUAGAAGCCCGUUGAGUCCGACUUCGAUCUCGCCGGAGCUUUAUAAGCCGGAAAGCAUGGGUUUGAAGUUAAAACCGAUUAAAACCCGACUUCCUCCCGGGUAAAACUGAAAGGUAAUGUUAAUACUUAAUAGUUAAUAGAGAGGGAUGUAGAUAGGAAAUUCAAAUUCUAGUACACAAGUGAUCGGAAGAAAAAAGAAUGCGACCAAAUCUGCAAAACUACAAAAAUGAUUAAUACGUGUGGAGUGUGGACGUGUGGUGUGGAUACCUCAUACCGGGCCCAAUCUUGAAGAGAUGGGUCUAGACUCUAGGGGUUC